CGGCAGGCAUUCCACGAUAUGGACGGGCACGCUGCGCUAACACUGGUUGCGAAGCUAUGGCGAUCGAUCAUAACCAGGUUUUGGCUGGAGCCAAGAUCGCUCGACGCAAGGAUUCGAAGCCAGAAUCCAGGGGCCGUCAAGGACUUUCGGCAAGGGGAUGAAGAUGAGAGACAGUGCCAAGGAGCGGGACAUGACAGGCUUGAAUCACGACAUUGUGGAGCAUGUGAUGCCACCAGUGGUCCAAGGAAUACGAGCGCGCUUGCGUCGAAGCUCAGGAAGUCUGCAACGGUGCCACUCCAGAAGCCAAUUCAAUCAGCAAGCUUAAGCUGGUAAGGUUUUGCGUUGCUUUGAAGUUUCAAGAUUCUUGUAUAGAUCUCCACGAAACUCUCCAACCACCGGUGGGUGGUGUUCAUCUUCGCAUCCUCGUCCCAAAGGGAACUGCGGUCUCCAUUCCAGUCAUCACGACACCCACGACUUCAAUCCGGAGC